GCCCAGUGGACGCAUCCGUCGUGAAAUGGCUGUCAAAAAGCAGGUCUGUUCAUUUCACUUGUUGUUGCUGCGCGGCCGGCCAUUUCGCAUUCUGAGUUUUAAACGAGAACCUCAACGGCACAAGAGUCCUGCCUGCUGCUCUGCAACGAAGAAAUCGACGGAGAACAUCAAUGCGCGGCUGGCGAUGGUGAUGAAGAGCGGGAAGUACUGUCUCGGAUACAAGCAGGCACUGAAAACGCUGCGUGCUGGCAAAGCCAAAUUGGUUAUCAUCGCCAACAACACACCACCACUCAGGUCCCGGUUCGUUGCUUUUCGCGCAAAUUACCGCCGUUAUUAGAC